GCAUACCCUGACUAAAGACUAGUUGAGAAGUUCGUGUGUCGGCUUUUGAGCGAUUCGGUUCGAAUUGUGUAUUUGUGCUUCAGUACCUAAAUUUAACCCAAAACUAAAAUCUCCAAAAAAAAAAUUCAAAAUGGCUCCACCAACAUAUGCUGAUCUUGGCAAAAGUGCCCGUGAUGUAUUCAACAAGGGAUACAACUUUGGUGUCUGGAAAUUGGAUGUGAAAACAAAGACCGAUACCGGUGUUGAAUUCUCGACCAGCGGUCACUCAAACCAGGAAACUGGCAAAGUAUUCGGUUCACUUGAAACCAAAUACAAAGUCCCCGAAUAUGGUUUGACAUUCACGGAAAAAUGGAACACAGACAAUACAUUGUUCACGGAUGUCAGCCACAACGAUAAAUUCUUGAAAGGCUUGAAAUUGACAUUCGAAGGUACAUUUGCACCACAAUCCGGCAACAAAACCGGCAAGGUUAAGGCUUCGUAUGGACAUGAUUUGCUUCAAGUGAACAGCGAUGUUAACUUGGAUUUGGCUGGCCCAGUAAUCAAUGCUAGCGCCGUCGUUGGAUACGAAGGCUGGUUGGCCGGUUAUCAAACUGCUUUCGAUACGCAAAAGACCAAAUUGGUCACAAACAACUUCGCAUUGGCAUACACAAACAAAGAACUCGCCGUUACCACCACCGUGAAAGAUGGCCAAGAAUUCAAUGGAUCCAUUUUCCACAAGGUCAACGAUGACUUGAACGCCGGUGUUCAAUUGGCAUGGACUUCUGGAUCGAACGCCACCAAAUUCGGCAUUGGCGCCCAAUACUCUUUGGACAAGAACUCCAGCGUUCGCGCUAAGAUCAGCAAUGACAGCCUUAUUGGUCUUGGAUUCCAAACAAAGAUUCGCCCAGGUGUCUUGUUGGCAUUGAGCACAUUGGUUGAUGGCAAGAACUUCAACGCUGGCGGUCACAAAGUGGGCAUCGCUCUUGAGCUCGAAGCUUAAGAUGGUUCGCAGCUGAACAACAGAAAAAUAAUCUUCACCUAAUCGCGAUAAUUGACCGUUUAUUUUGUCCAUUUUAGAGAUGUUGUUCAAAAACAUUUUAAACAAAUUAAAAAGCUCGAUUACAAAACAAAAAAGAAUCAAAAUAAAAUUGCAUCCGUUCGAUAGAUCUGGUUAAAUAAGUUACAUAAUUUCAUUGAAAUUCAACCUUUUAUAGAUCAAGUGAGCAAUGCAUUUGAAUUUGGAUGUUUAGAAUUCGCUUUACUUUGAUUUUUUUCUUUGCCACUUUGCAUUCAUUUACAAUCGAUUGAAGAUGAAUAGAUAACGGUCGAACAUACAGAAUGGUAUUCCUAACUAAUUCAAUAAAUUAGAAAAAUUCUAUCAAUAUAAAUAAAAAAUGAACAAAAGUACA